GCAUGUAGUAACUCUACUGGUUUCUAGGUGUAGUGAACCACAUAUUAUCUGAUAGUAUCUCUGAAUAUAUCUGAUCUUGAGCUGCAUGCACUUUAUCAUGUGUAUAGUUGUAGACUGCUGGAGCAAUUCACCCAGCAUCUUCUCUAGGAAGAUGCAGCGUCACGCACCUUUGACUAUACUAUAAGCAGUAGGAAUGGUUAGUAUUGUUUGGCCAAGAUAAGAUAAUAGCCGGGAAGCAGAAAGAUGUCGUCUCCGCCGGUGAAACUCAUCGGCUUCUUCGGCAGCCCGUACGCGUUCCGCGCCCAGGCGGCCCUGUGCCUCAAGGGCGUGCCUUAUGAGCUCCUCCUCGAAGACCUGUUCGGGACCAAGAGCGACCUGCUACUCAAGCUCAACCCCGUGCACAAGAAGGUGCCCGUGCUCCUCCAUGGCGGCCGGGCCAUCAGCGAGUCCCUCGUCAUCGCCGAGUACAUCGACGAGGCCUUCGACGGGCCGCCCCUCCUGCCCACCGACCCAUACGACCGCGCCAUGGCCCGUUUCUGGGCGGACUUCAUCGAAAACAAGCUGACGAAGCCGUUCUUCAUGGCGCACUGGGUCGAGGGCGGGGCGCGGGAGAGGUUCGAGAAAGAGGGCUUGGAGCUGCUGUCGCUUCUGGAGGCGCAGCUCAAGGGGAAGAAGUUCUUCGGCGGCGACCGGCCCGGCUACCUCGACAUCGCCGCUUCCGCACUAGGUCCCUGGAGCAGCGCGAUUCAGGAGGUGAUGGGGGUGACCGUGGUGAAGGAGGACGGGCACCCCGCCAUCGUCCAGUGGGCCAAGGAUUACAGCUCCCACGAAGCUCUCAAGCCGUGCAUUCCGGACAGAGAGAAACUCCUCGCCUACUUCACUGAGAACCUGGAGAGGUACAAAACUGCCGUCAACACAAUGUUGCAGCAACAGUGAUAUAAUCAGUCCUUCAAAGAAAACAGUGAUGCAAUCAAGGGCAAGAAGAACACGCCUCCCUCUAAAAAAAAGAAGAAGAAGAACACGCCUCUGCGCCUGGAUCACAUAUGCCCAGUGAAAUAUGUGCAUGCCUUUUUUUCUGCGAAUAAAUAUGUCCAUGUCUCACAUAAAUGGAUUUUAAUUACUUUUUUUGCGAGGAUUUUAAUUAGUUCUGCUAAACUUUAUUUUGAUGUAGUCCAAUGACUACAUUACUCUUGUUUCAA